AUGUCUGCAAGUAACGAAAACACAAGAACAACAUGUCAGGGGAAGAGGUCAAGUGCAACAGAAUACAAAUUGAUUCAGGUAAAGAAUACUUGGAAGCGCACAACUGGAAACUGUCUAGAUGAAAAUGACACAGGUCACGCAUCUGCAGCUAAAAUCCAGGAAAGCUCCACAGACUAUGGAGUCAUCUGGACUGUGAUCAGUCCCAUAAUGUUCUCAUACAAGGUGGUACAGUGUCAGAACCUAUUGGACCCUGGCAAUGACACUCUACUCAAUGGUCACAUCAGGGACCCCCAGCAGCUGCAGGCCUACAGAAGCAGCUCAAAGCCUAUCAGGCGAUUUGUGGUCAUUGAUGAGCGUGUCAACAUCUUUUAUGGCACUCAGGUGGCCAACUACUUUGCAGCUAUGAAUGUUCUUUGCAAACUCCUUCCACUUCCCACCGCAGAGGAGAACAAAUCAAUGGAGCUGGUGAUGAGGAUCCUGGAUGAGGUCCACAAGUUUGGCAUCGACAGACGUGCAGAGCCUAUCAUAGCCAUUGGCGGGGGUGUGUGUCUGGACAUUGUGGGUUUGGCUGCUUCUCUUUACAGGAGACGUACCCCAUACAUCCGUGUGCCAACCACCCUACUGUCCUACAUUGACGCCAGCGUGGGUGCAAAAACGGGAAAUUUCGCCAACUGCAAAAACAAGCUGGGCAGUUACAUUCCCCCUGUGGCGACUUUCUUGGAUCGGUCAUUUAUACAGACUCUACCACGGCGUCAUAUCUCCAAUGGAUUGGCAGAAAUGCUGAAGAUGGCCCUGAUGAAGCACAAGGGCCUGCUGGAGUUGCUGGAGAGCCACGGAAGGUUCCUUCUGGAUUCCAGGUUCCAGUCGAGUAACGAGAUAACGGAUCACGUAGAUGCUGCUGCCACGUCCACCAAGAUGGCCAUAGAAACAAUGCUGGAGGAGCUUGCACCAAACCUCUGGGAGGAUGACUUGGAUAGACUAGUGGACUUUGGUCAUCUCAUCAGCCCUGAACUUGAAAUGGCGGUGCUACCCACCUUGCUGCAUGGAGAAGCAGUUAACAUCGACAUGUCCUUCAUGCUGUACGUGUCCCGCGAGAGGGGCUUCCUGACAGCGGAAGAGACGCGACGGGUUGUCCGCUGCAUGCUGGCACUGGAGCUGCCCGUGUGGCACCAGGACUGCACCCUGGACCCGGUGCGCUCAUCUCUGGGUGAGCGCUUGCGGCACUCGGGAGGACCGCUGCGGAUGCCGCUGCCCACCGGGCUGGGCUGUGCAGAGCUCUUCAACGAUACCAGCGAUGAGACCCUGCAACAGGCUUUUGAACGGUGGUGCGAGGAACUUGGCGAGAGGCAACCUGAGGGAGCCCAAGCAGUCACACUACACGUUCUGUAG